UCGGAAUGCUCGGCGACCCUACGGCCGGCGGUUGCGCACUCACUUUGAAAGGUAAAAAGGCUGCCUAGCGGCCUCUCGAUAUUCUCUUGGAUUUCACGACGCAUGUUGCUGCAGGAAGGAACGCGAUCCCCACGCUACAUAGGAUGAUGUACAAAUUUUCUCUACAUAAGAAGCUCCCACCUGAUGACCAGACGUCAAGUCAAUAGCACAAUCAUCACCGCGACUACUACUAAAACGCUCCUACUCAUCCCCAACAUUCCGCACCGGAGAUGUGUCACAAUAUCAUUGAUGGUCGAUACCACACCGAAUGUAGCCACUUCAUUGCCAUGUCGACAAAGUUCCAGGACUGCCUGCGACCACAUUGUCUCUUCAGUUCAAGACAUGUCCAUCUUAUAGCAUGCAAGUCACAAUCUUGCAUACGGCUAAUGGCCCUGCCCACCAAGAAUCCUAUUCGCAUAAGCCCUUCAAAAUGCGGCGACUGUGUCUUAAAGACCAGAGAUGAAGUAAUGCCAAUGGUCCGAGUUUCCGGGAUGCGAUAGUGGGUUACAGUUCAGUCCCUGACAUAGAUAUACCAUAAAACCGCUGCCUUAAUGCUGACGGCGCUAGCCCGUAUUUAACUUACUAAUUACUGGAAGGUUCAAUAUUUUGCAAUAAUGUAAUCAUGCUUUUCGUGUUCUCCGG